CGAAAAUUUUUAAAUUAAAAUUUUGUACGAAUUGAGGUGAUAAAUACCCACUUCAUUAUUUUGGUGACCAAAUUUCGGCUUUUAGUAAUUAUAAAAAUCGAAUUCACUUAAUAUUAAGCUGUUGAUGAGUUGUAAACGAUACAUUACUGUUUUAGUUGGCACCCUAUUUUUGACGCAUUGAAUGGUAGAAUGAAGCUAUCGGUAAUUCUUUUAAGUUCCAUUAUGAUAUGAUGAUGCACAUGUCAUGCUCAAGUAACUCAUCCACCUUUCAGUGCAGCCACGGAGAAUCUUAGGAUUCUUUGAGUUAGCAGAGACAGCAACACACCCCUCCGAGAAAUGCGGUCAAUUCCUCUGGGAACCUCACUAUCUCCUACUCCUAUUAACACCUCAAAACUAUCACCUUUCAAUUUUAAUUUUAAGAAACCAAGCAAUUUCCCAUCUUGGGGUUCAACUCCUCAUGAAUUCUCUCUCUUCCAAUCAGGAUUAUGCAGAGCGAGUCAAGUUGUUGAUUUGUUUCCAACUGUGUCUCCUGAAAUCAUUGUCCGGGAGGCCAGGUUAGAGGACUGUUGGGAAGUGGCAGAGACUCACUGCAGUUCCUUCUUCCCUGACUAUUCGUUCCCAUUAGAUUUUGUGUUGAGGAUGGAUAGAUUGGUGGCGAUGUUUGCUGGAUUCUCUUUACCAAACGGUUGCAAGAGAACCUGUUUGGUGGCUGUUAUUGGCAAUCCACUUUGUGAUGCUUUCUUAUUUGGAAGUGAAGAUUUCAAGGUUGGAGGUUUUGAUGGGAAAAUCAGCCUCAACAAGGGAUAUGUGGCUGGUAUAUUAACAGUAGAUACUGUUGCAGACUUUCUACCUAGGAAGGGGCCAUUGCGACAGAGAAGGACUGGAAUUGCAUACAUAUCAAAUGUGGCAGUCCGGGAAAAAUUUAGGCGGAAGGGAAUAGCUAAACAGUUGGUAGCAAAGGCAGAAUCACAAGCCAGAAGUUGGGGCUGUCGUGCUAUUGCAUUACACUGUGAUUUAAAAAAUCCUGCGGCCACAAAGUUAUACCAAGGCCAAGGUUUCAGGAGUAUUAAGGUUCCAGAAGGAGCUAACUGGCCACAACCGAAGACCUCACCGGAUAUAAAUUUCAAUUUCAUGAUGAAGCUUCUCAACAACACAGCUACUUCUAAAUCAAAUUAGAUACUUCAGUUUAGGGAAUGCUUAUGUUCUAAAACAUAAUGUAAUUUAAGAAAAGAAAAUGCCCAAGAAAAGGACCGUCUGUUAUUAAAUUGUGUACAUGAAAAAACCAAAGAAUUAGAGAAAAAACCACUUGAGAAUCUGUCUGAUUGCUCCAGUAGCAAGCAUUUGUAUAGUAAUUGGCAUUCUUUUGUAUCUGA